UCUGCCAGUCGACCAAAAAGGAGAACUCCUAGUUGGUCUACCUGGAUCUCAAACAUAUAUCUUUUACUAUACCUACUGUUUGCGCAAGAAAUUCACUAUGGCUUCUCGCUACAGUCUUGUGGAUUAUGAUUCCGACGAAGAAGCCCAAAAAUACCCAAGAAUCCCUAUUUCCAAUUUGACAUCAGCUGGAUUCUUCGUUGCUGGAAUCUUGGACCAAGCAGGGAUCCAAUAUGGCGUCAUGGGGGGCAUGGCUGUCAAGUUGAUGGGAGGAAUGCGUGAUACCCGUGAUGUUGACAUUGCCUUUAACGCCCCAGGAAAGAUGCGGGACUUGUGGCGUGUAUUGGAGGUGCAGCCGCGUUUGAUCAUUCCUAAAGAGAGGCUCAUCAGCAACAUCAUGAGAAUCUUUGUGAGAACAGGGCCUGGCUAUGACAACUGUCCACGCGGUAUACCCGUGGAAGUAGACCUUAUUGAGUGUGGAUACCAAAACAGUCCCCGAGACCUCGGAAACCAUCGCACAGAGCUUCAACUCACGGUUGAUUCAGAGCCCAGAUCGAUCUAUGUCAUCGAUAUUCUCUAUUUGAUGCGUGGAAAGAUGGCAGCUUUCAUGAGCCGGCGCAGCGACAAUGACCGAGAUGACAUAACAUAUCUUCUGCGAGCCUACCCGGAAGCGAUCCAGGGGAUCAAGGAUAAACUCGACCCAAUUGCUGUCGACUGCUUCCUGGAAAGUGUCUCUGCUGAGAACAGAGGAUACUGGACUCGAUUCUUCGGCCAUUGAGAUUCCGGAGAGAUGAAGGCAUUCGAUCUUUUACCUCGGCCACUGCUUGGAUAUUGGCCUCACGCCAAAGUCCCCUUCGUUUCUGUCUUUCCUUUUUAUUACCAGAUUGAGAAAUUCAGUUGCUCUUCUUGACAUGUAGAUACUAUACAGUCAUUACAAAUUGAAAUGCUUG